UCUCCUUCGCCAUGUCCGUCCCCGUCGCCGCCGCCGCCUCCCCCUCCCGUCCCCUCCUCGCCCACCGCCGCUCGCCGCCGCCGCCGCCGUCUAGGGUCGCGGCGACAAGCCGCAGGCCUCUCCGCUCCGUCCCCCGCCUCCUCGUAUCUUCCCCCACUCCCCACGCCGCCGCGAUGGCCACCGACGGCGCCGCCCCCGAGGGCGAGGCCGGGUCGAAGAGGAAGCUGCUCGUCUUCGACUCCAAGGAGGACCUCGCGGUGUCCCUGGCGAAGUACACGGCGGAUCUGUCGGAGAAGUUCGCCGCCGAGAGGGGCGCCUUCACCGUCGUGCUCUCCGGCGGAUCCCUCGUCAAUUCCCUCAGGAAGCUCACGGAGCCGCCGUACCUGGAUUCGGUGGACUGGAGCAAGUGGCAUGUGUUCUGGGUGGACGAGAGGGUGGUUCCCAAGGACCACGAGGACAGCAACUACAAGCUCGCCUUGGAUGGAUUGCUCGCCAAGGUCCCAAUUCCUACUGGUCAAGUUUAUGCUAUAAAUGAUGCCCUGUCAGCUGAGGGAGCAGCAGAUGACUAUGAAACUUGCUUAAAGCAACUUGUCAAGAAUGGCGUGAUUGCAAUGUCACAAUCAACUGGGUUUCCUAGGUUUGAUGUCAUGCUCCUGGGAAUGGGUCCUGAUGGCCAUAUUGCAUCUCUCUUCCCAGGCCAUCCUCUUGUUAAUGAGAACCAGAGGUGGGUCACCUACAUCAAGGAUUCUCCAAAGCCACCACCCGAGAGAAUUACAUUUACAUUUCCUGUGAUCAACUCGUCUGCAUAUGUUGCAAUGGUGGUCACUGGAGCUGGGAAAGCUGGUGCAGUGCAGAAAGCACUUUCAGACAAGCAGACUUCCUCUGAUUUGCUGCCAGUAGAAAUGGCUGUACUUCAAGAUGGGGAAUUCACUUGGUUCACUGACAAGCCAGCAGUGUCAAUGCUACAGAACAAGUGAAGUCCAGGAUGCUCAAAUCUUGCUGCUUUUUUAUCUUAAAUAAAGAUCCAGGGACUAAUCCCAGCCUGGAUACUGUUUAAGCUUUUAACCAAAAGCUGGGUCGUAAUGACCUUCUCGAAAAGAAAAAGAUCCAGGGGUCUGCAUAGUUGUAUUCCUCCUUCAUGGAUCACUUGUAUGGAAAAUCUGAGCAUUUAUAUUGUAUGGUGUUCAGAGCAAUGUGUCUGAGACACGCCUGGUUUCAUCAGCUUAGUAAAUAACCUUUCCUGGCCCUUGCUGAAGUGUCAUAUAUUUGUUAAAUUUGUGUUGUUAAUCAACCGGUGAUCAAUAUCU